AUGGUACGCUGUGCUCGUAGACUGACAUCAGUGGCCUUUUACCCCGGAUCCCGGGGCCAUGCCACGGCGAUUGUGUACAACCUAAACGAUCUCUCGAAACUUGGCAAGUAUGAUCUGGAGCUCCAGCAUUUGGGCAAGACGGCGCGCACUUAUGUCUGCAGUCAGACCGCUGUGAAACACGGCCUGUGCAGCGAAAAGGAUCUCGGCCUGUUUAUCGUCGACGACACGUAUGGCCCGGUCACCUCGAUUAAGCAGGCCAAGUUUGAUUUUGGCAGCGGAAUUAACAAGACCGAGGCAAUGUCGUACAAUGUCACCGAGACGGGGUAUUACUGCAUUGGCGCCACCUCGCUGAGUCUCUUGGCGGACCCACGCCAAACAGACCUGUCCGAGGGCCAGUUUGAAGGCCAUGCCGCGUUCCACAAUGUCUUUGCGGGCAACCUUCCCGCAGGUGAGCACCCGAAACUUGGCUUUUACGGGCUCCUUACACUCCUCUACAUUGCCCUCGGCGCCGUUUGGCUUGCACUCUGCAUCCGGCACCGCGACCAAAUCGUCACGGUGCAGCACUUCAUCACCGGCACGAUUGUCUUUUUAAUUGUGGAAAUGGCGUGUCAGUGGGGCUUUUACAAGUACUUCAACACACACGCGAUUGACUACCUGCGCUUCCGCGCCGCCGAUGGUAGUGCUAGUGUGACAAGCACGGCACGCUUUCUUCUUGUGCUCGUCAAUUUGCUGGAUGCUAUGCGCAAUAGCCUUUCGCUUUUCCUUUUGCUGAUCGUAUCGAUGGGAUACGGCGUGGUACGCCCGACGAUUGGGUCCGUGGUUACCAAGGUGUACAUUCUCACUGCCUUGCAUUUUGUUUUUGGCAUGAUUUACUCGGUGGGUGUCAUUUUCAUCCUGCUAGAUAUUAAUGCGACGUGGGUUUUCUUUUUCGUGAUUCCGCUGUCCAUGACACUGACCACGUUCAUGGUAUGGACACUCUAUUCGCUGAAAUCGACCAUUCUAUACCUCGACAGUCGGCACCAAAAGUUCAAGGGCGCCAUGUUCCAGCGUCUCUACUUUAUCCUGCUUGGCGCUGUUGCCGCAGUCAUGGGCUUUUUUUGCCUGACGACGUUUUUGAUUGUCAUGGGCAGCUCGGACGAUCCCUCGACGGAGAUGUGGAAGUACCGCUGGAUCAUAUUGGACGGCUCGCUUUGCAGUGUCUAUUUUGUCGUGUUUGCUCUGAUAGCCUACGUAUGGCGACCCACGGGCCAUAACAUGCGUUUGGCCAUGUCGGACGAGUUGGCGACCGACGAGGAGGCUGCUGGCAACACGUACGAGGUACAUACGCUGGGCGGUGAUGACGACGACGAGCUGGACGACGAUGCCGCCGAGAUUCACGCAGAGCACUUGCAUCACCUCUCGCGCUUGGAGCAGGAGCAGGAUUACGGUGGCAUCCGGCUCCCCGACAAGCUUGGCAAGCAGCCGGACUGGGAAGAGGAAGAAGAGGACGGGCCGCCUCCGUAUUCAACAAAAGGCGCAUCUUCGGUGCACAAAAUGGCCGAUACCGAAGACCUCGUGUUUGAUGCAGACGUUGACGGGCAAAGUACACAUCCACGCACUUCGUACGAUGCCGAUGCCGAUGAUACCGAGCGUGAGCGACUGCGCUUAUCGGAAGACGACGCGCAGCGCAAAGAUGCAUAG